GGCCACUGACCUGUCACAUAGGAUCUUAUCUCCUUCAGUAGCCUCAUAUUCCUUAAUGCCUCCAUGGAGUUUAUCCAGGCCACCCAGGUUUCCUUGCUGCCUCAGGAAGGCCUUACAGCUACCUGGAGUAACAACUCCAUUCCCCCCUACUCCAAUUUCCUGCUCCUCUCCACUCCUUCUGAACCGCUUCUCGACUUCAUCCCAAAUGAUGGCUCUUUCCUCUUAAACAGCACCAGGCAGAACGGCACCAAAUCUGAAGCUGAAUCCCUCCCUGGCCUGGCUGGAAUCUUCAUCCCUCUUAUCUAUGGGAUAGUCUGUGUUGUUGGUCUCGUGGGCAACACUCUAGUCAUCCAUGUUAUUGUGAACUACACCAAGAAUGAGUCCGUCACCAACAUCUAUAUCCUCAACUUAGCCAUUGCAGACGAGCUCUUCAUGCUUGGCCUGCCUUUCUUGGCGGUGCAAAAUGCUCUGCUCUCUUGGCCCUUUGGGUCUCUAAUGUGCCGUGUGGUCAUGACAGUGGACGCCAUCAACCAGUUUACCAGCAUCUUCUGCCUGACUGUGAUGUCAGUGGACCGCUACCUGGCUGUGGUGCACCCCAUCCGCUCCUUCUGGUGGCGGCGCCCCCGUGUGGCCAAGGCCAUCAGUGCCACAGUUUGGGCAGGGUCCUUUGUGGUGGUGCUGCCGGUGGUGGUGUUUGCCGACGUGCUGAAGGAUGAUGGGAACUGCAGCAUCGUGUGGCCUGAGCCAGCAGAAGUGUGGAAGACGUCUUUCAUCGUGUACACGUGCACCAUGGGCUUCUUCUGCCCCCUGCUGGUCAUCUGCAUGUGCUACCUGCUGAUCGUCAUCAAGGUGCGCAGUGUUGGAAAACGGGCACAGGCCACGUCGUCUCGGCGCAGGAAGUCAGAACGUAAAAUCACCAGGAUGGUGGUUGUUGUGGUGGCAGUGUUUGUCCUUUGCUGGCUACCAUUCUAUGCUCUAAAUAUAGUCAACCUCUUGGUGGUCCUGCCCGGGGACUUCAGGGGGCUCUACUUUUUUGUUGUUGUGCUGUCAUAUGCAAACAGUUGUGCCAACCCCAUACUGUACGGAUUUCUGUCUGACAACUUCAAGAGAGGCUUCAGGAAGGCUCUGUGUGGCACUUCACAUAGGGUGAAGAACAACGACAGGGCUUGCACUGAGGUACAGAGGCCAACAGAGGAGUGGGGCGGCAUUGUGCUCCAAGUACAAAAAAGUGAAGGAGUCGCUGUUGUGCAUAGGAAAAACUGUGGUGAAAAAAAAGAGGAGGAGGAGGAAAUCAAUGGAACAGAAGGGGCCAUGCAGAUGAGUGAAAUAUGCAAGAGGUCACAAAAUGGUAACCACAGUGGAGUAACAGAGGGCGUGAGCCCCCAGGUCAUGCAGAGGAGUAAGUCAGAGCUGGAACACUCUGGUCAGACAGCCACAAAUGGAGAACCGGCUGGGAAGGGCCCAGGCUUUGAUAGUGCUGAGACAGCAUCCCCUAUAGCCAGUAAAAGUAGAAACAGCAGGUCACAACCUGAAGAAUUCCUGGACAAAAACAAUGUGCUUGAAAUCAGCUAUCUGUGACAGAUGCCAUGUUUUCAGUGGAUUUUGGUACAUGCCAUUUAAAGUGUAUUCUAAAUGGCUGUAAAUAUCAAAAACAACUGUGGAUUACAGAUUACAAUCUCAAUGUUAGAUCAUGUGGUGUGCCAAUCUUUGAAGCUGGGGUGAGAUCUUUUUUCUUGGCUGAAAUAGCAAUUCGCAUGAUGUCAUAGACUGCCGAAUUCAAUGCAAUUGAUUUUGCCAUGGUGCAAAAAUAUAAAAAUAAUGUAAGUUUUACAAAAUAUAAAAGCAGUCUCGAUGUUAACCAUUUUGAAUCACAACCAAUGGAAACCUAAAAGAUAGGAAGAACAAAUUUAAAUAUCUGAAACGGUUGGAAAAACACAAUGCCUUGGAAAAUGGCUGCAAUUAUUAUAAGGACAGUAUGCAAUUACUGUUGCAGAAUACAUGCAGAAACACAAUGAAUGAACGUUCAAGAGUUACCGUUUAUUCUUGAGAUUUAUAUUUAUUUCCUGAUGUUUUGUUCCUGAUUUUGUGUUUGGAUGUCUCACUUUUAAUCUUGAGUACUUUUUACUGGUAUGGUCCCUUUAAACUGACAGAAGCCUAGAUUUUAGACCAAGAAGGUCUUAAAAGAUUGAUGUAACCCUUUAUAUUUGUUUAUUGCUGUCAUGUUGAAGAAGAUUGUUACUGAAAAAAAGAAAAUCAGGAAUAUGUUGUUCUGAAAUGGCUAAUGCACUGUAUGAAUCAUGUCCCAGAGGGAGAAAACACAGCUAAUGUGAAAUUAAAAAUGUCAACUAUAUUUACUUCUACUGCAUUGGAUUUUUAAAACAGUCCAGGUAAAUUAGGUAAAUUGCACUGUUUUCACAAGCAUGUUUCACUUGUGUGCCUGUUGUUUUGUGCUUUUGUUUCGUGUAACAAUAUCCAUACUGUGCUUGCCUGAGCAUACAUACAUACAUACAUGGAGCUGGGCAUAGAUGCAACUCAGUCACUGCAUUUCUUCAAAGCAACUACAGCACGUGAUUUCUUUUCACUCUUUAAGGCUAACUGACAACAACUUGGUUUAUUUACUGCCCGAGAUGUGCAAUAACAGAAAUAGGAACAAUGCCAGACUACUACUUUCUAAAUAGGUAUAUAGCAGGUUUCAAGAAGAAGCAUGUUUAAAGUCUAUUUUCUCCUUGUGACUGGAACUUUAGGUGAGUCAUAUUUAACUGGAUUUUGGGGGGUGGGGGGAGGGUUUCAGAAAGUCUGCUCUCAGAUAUGAUUAGUGAUUUCAGAUAGUGAGAAAACUGCACUGCAGUGUGGAAAACACAUGAUCAUGUUUGUAUUUACUUAUUAAUUCCUCUUAAAAUAUGAAGAAACCAUGUAGAAGAGAGAAAUGAAACACACAUAUAAGCAUAGAAAACACAACCUUUAACAUUAACUCUGAUCUAUUUAAGUGUUAUUUUUAGUAUUUUUGAAGAAUUCUCUACCUCAUGCUCGUAGUUUAACACAUUAUGUUGAUAAAUUGAAUGGAAAGUUGGUUAUGAUGGUUGCAAAAGUAGGGGUGUGUUGUGUAGUGUAUUGUGAACCUUAUAGUUCAUGUCUUACUUAACGCUAAUAGACUUAAGUCAAAUCCCAGAUCAGCAGGUUAUAUUACAAGGCCAACUUGCCACAUGAUUGUUUUUUUUUCAUCUUUUUGUCUAUGAUCACAAGUAGUGCUUGCAUUUAGAUGUUGUGUUUUCAACAAUGUUGCUUUGGUAAAGUAAUAAAUCCAAGUGUUAUGUGGUUACAGUGGGCUAAAUAAAUGUUUACAGAUGAUAUUUGUAUGUAAAUGUUUUUGUCCAUUAAUAAAAGUGGUGUUGUAUGUAUUCAUGCCACUGAAACGACUGCACAAUGUGUACAUUUAUACAGUAUGUAAUAUGUUCAUGACAUGUUUGUCGUGUUGACCUCAAAUUUACUGUAUGUUGUUCACCAAGAAAGACUUAAAACCAAUAAAAAAUAAUCAUCCAC